AUGAAGGGCUCACUCCUCCUACUGAGCGUAAGCUCCGCCCUCGCCUUCCGCGACUCCAUCUCUUCUCGAUCCGAUGAGAUCUGCAUCUCCUCCCAGCUCCUGACGGCCUCCUCCAGCAACCCCAUCUGCCGCAACAAAGACGGCGUCCAUCUCGCCAGCUCCCGCGACUCGCAACAGAGCCCCCUCACGAGCUCCGGCUCGAGCUUCGCCUGGACGAAAAACACGCCCUGCUUCAAGAACGGCACCGCCGCUCUCGAGUUCUGCAUCUACAACAGCGCAACCUACGCGGGCAAGGGCAUCUCCAUCAUCACCGACAAGGACCGCGCCGAGCACAUCACCCGCAGCUGGGGCUUCACCAAGCCCGAGACGCUCGAGGGCACGAACACGCCCUUGCCGAAGUACCACGUCGCCGAGGUCCCCGGCAAGGAGUAUGGUCUGGUCGCCACGCACCGCAUCGAGAGGGGCGAGGUCAUCAUUAAGGAGACGGCGAGCUUGCUCAUCGACUAUGCCGCGUUCGCCAACGUCCCGCCGGAGCAGAUGAAGACGAUGCAGGCCCAGGCAGUGGACUUCCUUCCCUUCAGCCACCGCAGCCAAUGGCUCAACAUGUCCUCCCACGGAUACCGCGGCGACCACCUGUCCAUGGUUGACAAGAUUCUCGUUACGAACUCGUUCGAUGUUGAGAUGGACGAUGCCAAGCGUGAUGACGACUUCUACGCCGUUUUCGUGAACACCUCGCGCAUGAACCACGACUGCCGCCCCAACGUGGACUAUUGGUUCGACCCCCGCACCCUCACCCAGCGCACAACCGCCAUCCGCGACAUCAUGCCCGGCGAGGAGCUCACCCUCUCCUACAUCGACCCCAUGCAGUCCCGCGCCGCCCGCCGCGAGCGCCUGCACUCCACCUGGGGCUUCCACUGCUCCUGCCACCACUGCAUGCAGUCCCGCCUCAAGACGGACGCCUCGGACGCCCGCAUCGAGCAGAUCGCCCUCCUGCGCGAGGAGUUCAACGACUACACCCCGGCCUCCCGCGCCACCCCGCAGAUGGCCGAGCUCCUCAUCUCCCUCUACGAGCAGGAGCACAACUGGAGCCUGCUGAGCGAGGCCUACACCCUCGCCGCCAUCGAGUACAACGGCGUCGGCGAGCCCUGGCUCGCGACCAAGUACGCCCGCCUCGCCAUCGAGUACGGCCUCACCACGCUCUGGGAGGGCCACGGCGACGUCGUCGAGAUGACCAAGCUCGCCGACGACCCCUGGUCCCACUGGAGCUGGAUGCUGCGCACGCGCAAGAGGUACAGCUGGGGCGAGAAGAGGGUCAUCGAGGUCGACGAGGACGAAUAA